AUGUGGUGCAACCGCCUUGCGCGUCGAAUGGCGGACCGCGAACGGAUGAAGCAACAUCGUCAAGCGGCGCUCACGCGUUUUCGUGGGAUGAGCGAUCUCGAGGAGCCUGAAGACGAGGACGAUCGCGAACGCCAGGCACGAGUCGAUGACGAGGAGAUAUUCCGUCGUCUCAUGGUCCUUCAACGCCGACGAGAACAGCACGCCGCACUCUUGUCCCACGAAACGGAGACGGGAGGGAGCGACCCAGCAUUGCCAGAGUUCUGGGAGGAAGAGGCAGACGCUCUGGCGCGCGAGGAGCGCGCGCUAUACCAACACCUUGACGCGAGCUUCAGCGUGAGCGCCGAGUUAGAGCGCGAGGCGGCCGCGGCGGAGGAGGCUGAGGCUGCGAUGGAGGCGGAGGAACUUGCGUGGGUCAAGAGGGCUGAGAGUCAAAUCUCUCAGUCAGACGAGUUUGACGAAGCGGACUGGGCUGCGAUUGCAGCGCUCCAGGAUGAGGAGGACGAGCCUAUGGAUGUAGAAUAG